AUGGAAGAGGGAUCAGUUGUAGCCCGUGUGGGCUCAAUCGAAGGGGUCUCCCGACAAGUUGACUGUGUCCAGGGAGUGUCCCCAGCAUUGUGGGCAAACGACCGGGGUUCCCAGGUGGAUUCUCGCUCCCUGCGCUCCCAGAGGCAUUCGCUGGGGCUGGCGUUCACACUCCCCAGGACCCCUGUAAACACCGACGCCCUCCCCGGGGACCCCCCAGUGAACACCGACGCCCUCCCCGGGACCCCUUCGAGCUGCCCCUCACGUGAACGCCAGCCCCAGCGAAUGCCUCUGGGAGCGGCAGGGAGCGAGAAUCCACCUGGGAACCCCGGUCGUUUGCCCACAAUGCUGGGGACACUCCCUGGACACAGUCAACUUGUCGGGAGACCCCGUCGAUUGAGCCCACACGGGCUACAACUGAUCCCUCUUCCAUUUUCGUUUCCUGAACCCCACAGUUUCCCCAGAUCUCUUCGAAGGAAUGAUGACAGUUGUUACCGUCCCCACAGUCAUUGCCGACCUGUUCCCGCAGCAGUGGACCUCGCCUGGAGCACUGUGCACACUUUGGGCACCUUAGUUAAGGAGGGAUCGUGCACUGGAAGCAGUGCAGCCGGGGGUCAGUGGGUCAUCUUGCCCGUCACAUCAGCUCAUCUCCAACGUCAGUUUUUCCCGGUCCAGUUCUUGGGAGACUACGGGAAGUUCUCCUACGAUGCCGUUAACAAGAGGUUGUACUCCAAUUUAUUGAUGAGCAGAGGGAGAAAACAGUGGCAACAGGUGAACAUCCUGCUUUUCCAGAAGUCGGUGAUGUAUCAGUACUUCCCCAACAACCAGACCUGCCUGAAGUCCCCGCUCGGGGCUCCAUUCAGGAGAUUUGGCGUUCCCAAAAACGCCACCUUCCUCGCCCAGACCUACAUCGGAGUGCCACCCUUCCCUGGGACAGGGCUGCUUACCAAUGGCUGGACUGGAAGUCGGGACGGAGUCAGCUACCUGAUGACGUUCAUGGAAUACAAGUGCCUCCCAAACUACCAGGCCUUCAUUUCCACCAAGGGAUGGUUCUCCGAAUCUUUCUACAACCUGACCCUGGGGAUCCAAGAUCCGAGUGUCUUCAUCCCACCUCCGGAAUGUGGGGAACCCAUUCCAGGAACGGUUCUCCCGAGUGACCAGUAG